CCUCUUAUCUCUAGUGUCGUGCUACUAAUUAGCAGUAGUUGCCAAUUCUUUCUCUAGAUAUCACUACUGUAUCAUUUUUCUUGCUGGUAUUUAAUUCCGACAUCCAAAAUAUUUGCAACAAUUUAGCAGUAACAUACAGCUAUCUUCUGCUGGAGAAUAUUUAUACAGCUGUUUCGACGCAACCACAGGGUUUGUUGGGACUUCAUCAUGACACUGUGAUUUAGUCUCUUAUCAAAGACGCACAUGGCAACUGCCAAAAAAGCUUCCUCUAAGGUGGGAGGCAUUCGCUUUGCUGAAGCAAAUGCUGCUUCUGCUGCUCACUCCCACGUGCACUUUGAUGAAAAGCUACAUGACUCUGUUGUCAUGGUGAUUCCUGAGUCUGAUGGGAACUUCUUGGUUAAGGUGGGCUUCUUGAAGACUCAACACAGGUAUGAAAUUGUCUUCACACUUCCAGAAGUCCCAGGACUUGGGAAAGAUAUGUGUCCAGCUCCUGUGCCCAACCCAUACCUUCAGAUAAAAGAUCUUACGUCUGCUUCUUGUGGAGGUUUAAAAGUGACUUGUGAAUAUGUGGCUCACAAGGAGGGGGUGCUGUGUGAGGAGAUGCUAAUAGUCAGUGAAAGCAAAGAGGAUGUGUGUCUGAAGGUGAAAGUUCAUGCCCGUGUUAUGGAUCGACAUCAUGGGACACCGAUGUUGUUAGAAGGGGUACGGUGUGUUGGAUCUGAGCUUGAGUAUGACUCAGAACAAAGUGAUUGGCAAGGAUUCGACUAAGUGGGGAUGGGGGCAAGGUAAUUGUAUUUUUGUAUGUAUUUUUUCCCACUAUAACUUAUGACAGUUGGUACAGACUACAAACAAGUUACUACUUUCACAGUUUAAAUUAUAGAAAACCCGUACAUAAAUUGAGAACUGGUUGAUCUUACAAAAAUGGUAAACAUAUACUGUAUUUGCCUUUUCUUAAGCAUUAGUGAACAUUAUUAAAAUUGUCAUUUUACUGUUGUAGAAAAUGAUUAUAUAAGCCAUGGGUCAUAUUCCCUCAUGUCUCACAUGGUACACAUCAAGGGCUUAUUCAUUGCAUAGAAUGUAGUAUUCUUUUCAUAUUUAAAGUUAAUGGUUUAUAUAAAUUUAAAUAAACCUCAGUGCCUGAGUCAUGUUUUUUUUAUUUUAUUUAGACUUUUCCAUAAGGCCCAGUAACUGUAUUGUCUUAAAUUAAUGCAGAAUGUCAGAGGCCUUACUUAUGCAUAGUAAUGUGACAUUUUGUGACAAGUUAGUAUCUCUACUUUAAUGGUUGUUAGAGGUUCUUGAUUGUGAAUGCAUGUAAUUUGUGCAACAUGAUUUUUUGAAGAAUGUAUGUGAUGUUGGGUGUUUGUAUGUUAAUGAUAUUUGAAUGUAAAAUCAUCUGGUUUGAUAUAAAUACAACACAAGUUCAUUGAAA